GAAAUGGACAAACAAGGAGAUGAAUCUCACAAGGACCUGGAAUUGGAUAAUAAACAUGAAGACUUUUUCUCUAACAUCCAUCUGGAAGGUCGGGUCGAUGAGAGUCGAGCACUGAAACUGGAGAUCGAACAGCUGAGGGGGAGAAUCGAUGUCAUGAAGCAUGAUGAGGCUGAACUUCUGAAGUGCAAGGGGGGGUGCUCUCGGGGAUUUGAAAGAAAAGGAAGAAAUGCUCCAGCAUACAGAAGAGCUGAAUUUCUUGCUCAUCAACAUGGAGAGCCAGAAAAGAGCUUCCAUGUUAUGUUCCUUAUAGCAGACGCGUUUGAACAACCCCUCAUGGCGUCCUUUCAAGAUUAUCCAGGCUCAAGGGAGCAUGAGGAAGUAAUAGAUGAUGAAGAUGAAAAAUUGAAGGGCCUGAGGGAUGAAAUGGGGGAUGAAGUUUACAAAGUUGUCGCAACGGCCUUGCUGGAGAUGAAUGAGUAUAAUCCGAGCGGCAGGUACACCAUUCUGGAGUUGUGGAACUACAGAGAGGGAAGAAAGGCUUCACUAAAGGAGGGGAUUCAAUAUAUAAUGAGGGAGCGGAAGACCAAGAAGCGCAGAAUGAACAGUCUCCUGAGGUUAGUAUCUAGGGAAUAUGAGAGAUAA